ACCCCUUUCCCCAUCCCGGCUCCGUCCCCCCCCCCCCCCCCCACAUUCAGGACAAGAAUGCCCUGCCCGGAACAACCUAGAAGCGCCUAGAUGGCUUUGGUUACGGUCCAGCGGUCGCCUACCCCCAGCACCACCUCCAGCCCCUGCGCCUCGAGCUCUCAUUUGGAAGACAGUGAAUCAGCAGUGUUACUUUGCUGUGAAUGUGAAGAAUCAGAUAUCUUUAGUGGUUCCAAUGAGGCAGACAGUGGGGAGGAGGAAUGCCGGUCACAGCCCCGGAGCAUCAGCGAGAGCUUUCUAACUGUCAAAGGUGCUGCCCUUUUUCUACCACGGGGAAAUGGCUCAUCUACACCAAGAAUUAGCCACAGACGCAACAAGCAUGCAGGUGAUCUCCAACAGCAUCUCCAAGCAAUGUUCAUAUUACUCCGCCCAGAAGAUAACAUCAGGCUGGCUGUAAGACUAGAAAGUACUUACCAGAAUAGAACACGCUAUAUGGUAGUGGUUUCAACUAAUGGUAGACAAGACACUGAAGAAAGCAUCGUCCUAGGAAUGGAUUUCUCUUCUAAUGACAGUAGCACUUGUACCAUGGGCUUAGUCCUGCCCCUCUGGAGUGAUACCCUAAUUCAUUUGGAUGGUGAUGGUGGGUUCAGUGUAUCAACGGAUAACAGAGUGCACAUAUUCAAACCUGUAUCUGUACAGGCAAUGUGGUCUGCACUACAGAGUUUACACAAGGCUUGUGAAGUAGCCAGAAUGCAUAACUACUACCCAGGCAGCCUGUUUCUCACCUGGGUGAGUUAUUACGAGAGCCACAUCAACUCAGAUCAGUCGUCAGUCAAUGAAUGGAAUGCUAUGCAGGAUGUGCAGUCCCACCGGCCUGACUCUCCAGCUCUCUUCACAGACAUACCAACUGAACGUGAGCGAACAGAAAGAUUAAUUAAAACCAAAUUAAGGGAGAUAAUGAUGCAGAAGGAUUUGGAGAAUAUCACAUCCAAAGAGAUACGAACUGAGUUGGAAAUGCAAAUGGUGUGCAACCUACGAGAAUUCAAGGAAUUUAUAGAUAAUGAAAUGAUAGUGAUCCUUGGUCAAAUGGAUAGCCCUACCCAGAUAUUUGAGCAUGUAUUCUUGGGCUCAGAAUGGAAUGCCUCUAAUUUAGAGGAUUUACAGAACCGAGGGGUACGGUAUAUCUUGAAUGUCACUCGAGAGAUAGAUAACUUCUUCCCAGGAGUCUUUGAGUAUCAUAACAUCCGAGUAUAUGAUGAAGAGGCAACGGAUCUCCUGGCUUACUGGAAUGACACUUACAAAUUCAUCUCUAAAGCAAAGAAACAUGGCUCUAAAUGCCUUGUGCACUGCAAAAUGGGUGUGAGUCGCUCAGCCUCCACUGUAAUUGCCUACGCAAUGAAGGAGUACGGCUGGAACCUGGACCGGGCCUAUGACUACGUGAAGGAGAGGCGAACAGUGACCAAGCCCAACCCCAGCUUCAUGAGACAACUGGAAGAGUACCAGGGGAUCUUGCUGGCAAGCAAACAGCGGCAUAACAAGCUCUGGAGAUCUCACUCAGAUAGCGACCUCUCAGACCACCAUGAACCCAUCUGCAAACCGGGGCUAGAACUCAACAAGAAGGAGAUCACCACCUCAGCAGACCAGAUUGCCGAGGUGAAGACCAUGGAGAAUCACCCACCCAUACCUCCCGUCUUUGUGGAACAUGUCGUCCCACAAGAUGAAAAUCAGAAGGGCCUGUGUACCAAAGAAAGAAUGAUCUGCUUGGAGUUUACUUCUAGGGAAUUUCAUGCUGGACAGAUUGAAGAUGAAUUAAAUCUAAAUGACAUCAAUGGAUGCUCAUCAGGGUGUUGUCUCAAUGAAUCAAAAUUCCCUCUUGACAACUGCCAUGCAUCCAAAGCCUUAAUCCAACCUGGACAGGCCCCAGAAAUUGCCAACAAGUUCCCAGACUUAACAGUGGAAGAUUUGGAGACAGAUGCUCUGAAAGCAGAUGUGAACGUCCACUUACUGCCUUUGGAAGAAUUAACAUCUCGCCUGAAAGACAUUCCCAUGUCCCCUGAUCCUGAAUCACCAAGCCCCCAACCUAGUUGCCAGGCUGAAGUCUCAGAUUUCAGUACAGAUCGCAUUGAUUUUUUUAGCGCCCUAGAAAAGUUUGUAGAGCUUUCCCAAGAAACCCGGUCCCGAUCUUUUUCCCACUCAAGGAUGGAAGAACUGGGCGGAGGAAGGAGUGAGAGCUGUCGACUCUCAGUGGUAGAAGUAGCCCCUUCCGAAGGGACAGCUGAUGACCAGAGAAGCAGCUCUUUGAGUAAUACUCCCCAUGCAUCUGAGGAAUCUUCAAUAGAUGAGGAACAGUCAAAGGCAAUCUCAGAACUGGUCAGCCCAGACAUCUUCAUGCAGUCUCACUCAGAAAAUGCAAUUUCAGUCAAAGAAAUCGUUACUGAGAUUGAAUCCAUCAGUCAAGGAGUCGGACAGAUUCAACUGAAAGGAGACAUCUUAUCUAACCCAUGUCAUACACCAAAGAAGCACACCAUCCAUGAGCUGCCCCUUGAGAGGGCUCAGGCCCUGGAGAACAAACCUGGAAAUCUGGAGCAGAAUGAGGGUUCCUCCACAGCCCAGCCUGAACUAGCCAAAGACUCAGGGAAGUGGGACCUAGAAGGCUGCUUAACUACACACUCAUCCACCACAGAGUUGGAAGAAGAGGAACCAGCUGAGGAGGAACAAGAGCUCUGGGGCCCAGGAAUGCACCCAGGUGCCAAAUGGUACCCUGGUUCCGUGAGGCGAGCUACCUUGGAGUUUGAAGAGCGCUUGCGACAGGAGCAGGAGCACCAUGGUGCUGCCCCUGGUUGUACCUCAUUGUCCAUUCGCAAGAAUUCCAAGAAUGAUUCUGCUGUGGCAGACCUAGCACCAAAAGGAAAGAGUGAUGAAGCUACCCUUGAACAUUCUUUUGUCCCUAAGGAACCAGAGAUUAGCAAGGGGAAAGGGAAGUGCAGUGGGUCCAAAGCUGGCUCCCUACCCCAUUCUGAGCAAGAUGCCAUUGUUCCAGCACCUGAGCUGCUGGAGUUUCAGGAGCGCCCAGGGUCAGAUACUAGUACAAAGCAGGGAGGAGUCCGGAAGGAGCAGAGGACUGUGGUUUCAUUCCAGGGAUCUGAGACACAGGCAGGCCCUCUUUCCCUUCCCAAAAAGGUGGAAAUCAUUGAGUAUACCCACACAGUUACAUCCCCCAAUCACCCUGGGCCAGAGAGUGGAAGAGCCACGAGUGGGGAGCAAGGACUGCAGAAAGUGAAAGUGGAGGACUCCGUCACCGUCCUCUGUGCACUGGAUGAAAAUCUGAACAGGACUCUGGGCCCCGCCCAGGCUCACCCCAACGUGCUACCUCUGCCUCAUUCCCCUCCUGACCACGACAGUCCCACCAACCUGACCUCCACCCUGAGCAGCCCUGAAGCCUGGGACGACAGCCUGUUGACAGCCCUGGAGACAGGAGGGCCUUUUGUCAGUCACACAACCCACGUCCCAUCUGCCAGCUUGGAUUCCGCAUAUCCGCAGACUGUAGUUCACCUGGAAGGCUUCAGAGAGCAAAGCAGCACCACAGACAAUGAGCCCUCUUCAGAGCAGGAGAGCUGGGAAGAAAGUCAGGAGGGCCCCUUUUCCAGUGGCAAUGAAGUACCGUCCAAGGACCCCCAGUUAACUAGUGAAGACCUAAGCCAACUCACUGACAAUAUUGGGGAGUUACAAGAAAAACUGGACCCAUUACCUGUAGCCUGUCACCUCCCACAUAGCUCUAGUAGUGACAUUAUAAAGGGUCUCAGCCAUAGCCCCAGCGUGGUGAAGGAGCGCACUAAAGAAAUCGAGUCCCGAGCGAUUUGCCAGGGAGGGCUCACCAAACCAUCCCAAAUGAGGCAUUCGGCUGUGCUCGCCAAGUUAGGUUACUUGGACCUCUGUAAAGACUGUUUAUCGGAGAGAGAGCCUGUCUCCUCUGAUACCCCUCAUCUCAAACUGCUUCAGCCCUUCAUCAGAACAGACUCAGGCAUGCAUGCCAUGGAGGCCCAGGAGCCUUCAGAAAACCCAGAUGCCCCCCAGAACCUAGAGCCCACCAAGUAUUUUAUAGAGCAACUGAAAACAACAGAGUGUAUCGCGCAGAGCAAGCCAGUGGAGAAGCCCAUCGUACAGUAUGCCAAAGAAUUUGGUUACAGUCAGCAGUGUUUGCUUCCCAGGGCAGGACCCAGAUUGACUAAUUCUGAAGGAGGCCUUCCUUUGCCACAACCCCAGGGACUGCAGUGUGCAGGCCCAGCUCCAGGGCUGGCUGUGACGCCCCGUCAGCCACACGGCAGAACUCACCCCCUUAGGAGACUAAAAAAAGCAAAUGAUAAAAAACGGACAACCAACCCCUUCUAUAAUACCAUGUGAUUCUGAGCCUACACAUGUGACUUUCUGAAAGAAAUGUUUGUAAAAGGGGCAGGUGUAAUAUGUAAGGAACAUGCACUUUAUUGGUUAAUUUU